AUGGACGGUGAGAAGUGUGUGAACGCCGCCGCCCCGGCCGCCGCCCCCCACCACGGCCUCUCCGUCCCGUCCUUCAGCGGCUUCGACCUGCUGCUCAACCUGCGGCCCCUGUUCCUGCCGCUGUACUCGGCGGUGGUGCUGGUGGCGUGCUCCGGGAACCUGCUGCUGCUCGUCCUCAUCUGGCGCAACAAGCGCAGACACAACACCACCAACUUCCUGAUCGGGAACCUGGCGCUGGUGGACCUGGUCAUGUGCGUCUUCUGCGUCCCCGCCACGGCGUCCUACGCCUUCGACCGGCGCGGCUGGGUGUUCGGGCGCCACAUGUGCCACUUCGUGAGCGUCAUGCAGAGCGCGGCCGUGUACGCCGCCGUGCUGUCGCUCACGGCCAUCGCGGUGGACCGCUACGUGGUGGUGGCCUACCCCAUCCGGCGCCGGGCGGGCUGGCAGUUCUGCUGGGGCCUGGUGGUGCUGAUCUGGCUCUUCUCGCUGGCGCUGUCCGCCCCCACGGCGCUGCACACCCUGCACCUGGACCUGCGGGCCGCCGGCGUGCAGGUCCAGGUGUGCGAGGAGUUCUGGGACGGCCAGGAGCGCGGCCGCCUGGUCUACUCCUGCUUCAUCCUGCUCUUCUCCUACUUCGUGCCGCUGGCCGCCGUCUCCAUCUCCUACUGCGCCAUCUCCUACCGGCUGCGGCAGAGGACGGCGCGCCCGGAGGUCCGCUACGCCCAGGCGGCCUGGAGCCGGCGCCGCAGGAAGACCUUCUGCCUGCUGCUGGUGUCCGUGCUCUGCUUCGCCUUCUCCUGGCUGCCUCUGCAGGUGGUGAACCUGAUCCGGGACCUGGACACCGACUUCUCCAUCCUGGGGAAGAACUACGUCAACAUCAUCCAGGUGUCCAGCCACCUCCUGGCCAUGAGCUCCGCCUGCUACAACCCCUUCAUUUACGCCUCCCUGCACAAGAAGUUCCUGUCCUGCGUCUGCCGCCACUUCCCGUCCCGGAGGAGGCGGAAGGGGAAGGACAGGGGUCAGGGGUCGAGCGUCCUGACCGUGUCUCACCGUCUGCCCCGCCUGCACACGUCCACCACGCUGGCGGACCUGCCUGCGGCCGUCACCCACAGCUUCAGCCACGGGAACUACGCCUGA